AUGACGUCCCGAAUUGACAAAGUCAUCGCUCGCCAGCAAGAAAAAAUCACAGCCGGUGCUUACUAUGAAGCCCACCAACAACUCCGUGUCAUUGCGGCGCGCUACAUCAAGGCGGCCAAUUGGGAUGCCGCUGCCGAGUUGUUAGCCGGUGGAGCCACGGCUCUCUUGCGAGCAGGUUCACAGCAGGGUGCCUCGGCUAGUGGUGGUGAUUUGGCAAUCAUGCUGGUGACGGACGUGUACAACAAGGCCGAGUGGGAGAUUCGGGGUGGUGAUGAUGAUACGGAGGGGCGGGCACGAAAGAAGCGCCUCAUUGAGCUUUUGCGUGAAUUCCCGUCGGAGGAACCGACGAGGAAACGCUACAUUCAGGAAAUGAUCGGGUGGAGUGGUCGAUAUGGUCCGUUGGAACGGGGUGAUCCGGAGCUUCACCAUGCAGCUGGUUCGGUGUAUGCUGAGGACAACGAGCCCUACGACGCCGAGAAGCACCUGAUCCUGGGAACAUCCGAAUCCGCAGAAACGCUGGCCAGACUCGAAUUCGAAUGGUACACGCAUGACGAGCCCCAUACCGCUGCUCUCUACGCCUCCCGCGCCGUCUUCCCCUAUCUGUUGACUGGCAACAUCCGCAGCGCCAACAAGGCCCUGCUCAUCUUUACCUCACGCCUGUCUACUGCCAACCCGGCGCUCGGGGUCCAGGAUGUCAGCAGUGCCAACUCGGAUAUUCGCUUGUAUCCUGCACUGCCUCUGCUCAAUUUCCUCAGUCUGCUGAUGCUCACGAUCCAGCGCGCCAGUGGCGAUCUGUUCCGGCAGCUGACGGCGCACUAUGCCGCGCAAAUUCGGGACGUGGGGAUCUGGAAUGAUGUGCUUGCUCAGAUUGGUGAGCAAUACUUUAGCAUCAAGGUUCCUCGACAGGGAAACCCCUUGUUGGAUAUGAUGGGGAACAUGUUCUUUGGCGGUGGCCAAGGUCAAGGCCAGGCCGGUGGUCGUUCCACGAAGAAGGUUGCGGCACCCCCGUCCAGCAUGGAGUUGGAUUAG